AUGUCCUCUAAACACUUUCUAGUGUUCCUUUUGGGAGUGGCGUUUCUCACCACUACUUCUAGCUUUGCAAACUAUUGUAAGCCGCCUGUUGAAAAAUUAUUGUUUGAGAAUAUACCUUCAUUUGAGGAUUCUUCCACUGAUGAAUCCCUGCUAAAUGAUCACACUUUUGACAUACAACCCGUUGAAGAGCCACCUGUUAAGAACGCACUACCAAUUUUUAAAACUGCAACUGGGAAACCAUCUGUAUACAAGUCAUCAGAGAAACCACUAGUUUAUAAGCCUCACAUUAUGAAAGAAUCGAUAAAAAUCAAGUCAAACAAACCACCGUUGCCACCACCUAUUAGUCCUUCACCGCCAAUUGAGAUACCCAUUUAA